UUUUGAUUCAUGUUUUCUGAAUUUCAGUCAAAAUGUUACCAAUAUCAUAUUGGUCUGUGUUAGCGUUAAUUUUCUGUACCUAUGUGGGUCCACUGUCGUACUCUUUACAGACACUUGAAAGUGUUGAAAAUCUUAGGGAACAACGAAGUCCCGUAAAAAUUGCAAUCGUUGGAGGAGGCAUUGGUGGUACAUCUAAUGCGUUCUUCCUUAGAGAUCUAUUUGGUGAAGAAGCUGCCAUCACUCUCUUCGAGAAGAAUACAAUUGGGGGUCGCCUAGCAACCGUCUCCAUUGCCGGUGCCCAGUACGAGAUGGGCGGAUCAAUCAUCCAUCCUCGCAAUCUCUACAUGAAACAAUUUUUGCAAGAUUUUGGACUGAAAGAGAGAGAAACCAAAGGAACGGAUGGUACAUUGGGCAUCUACAAUGGAGAGGAAUUCCUAUUUCAAUCCAGCCGAUAUUCCUUAUUAACACUGAUCAAGAUGCUUUGGCGAUAUGGAUUUGAUAUCUUUCGGCUGAAUUGGACCAUCGAUAAAGUACUCAACAAAUUUGCAAGGAUAUAUGAUUUCCAAGAUGGCGGACAAUCUUUCACUGACAUCGAGGGCAUCAUGAAGGCUAUGGGAGGGGAGGAGUUCAUAGGAUGGCUUCAUAAGCCCCUUGAUGUUGUCCUCAGGGAAGAAGGCUUCUCAGAAAGGUUUAUCCAAGAGCUGGCUGCCAUAGCGACAAGAGCGAACUAUGGACAGAACCCGGAUAUGAUGGGAUUUGCAGGUAUGGUGUCCCUGGCUGGUGCAAUGCCUGGUUUAUGGUCUAUUGAGGGUGGCAAUAAGCUUGUUCCUCAACAACUCCUUCAAAGAUCUGGCGCAACGCUAAUGCAGUCUCAGGUACAAUCUGUUGAGCGUGUAACUGGUAAGUCUGCAGAAAAGCCAAUCCUCAGAGUCACAUGGAACGAGCCUGCCAAAGGUGACCAGAGCGAUGUCUUUGACAUUGUCAUGAUUGCUUCACCCAUUGAGGACAAUCUCUCGGGUAUCGCUUUCACUGGCUUUGAUCACCCAAUCACUGCCAACUUCACCGGGGAUUACCGUCACACAGUUGCCUCUUUUAUCGAGGGGCGUCAACGACCAUCAACCUUUGGAAUCUCGCCCAAAGGACAACUCCCGGGUUCGAUUAUCACAAACGCAGAAGUGCCUCUGAACAUCCGGACCCUUGCCAAGAACUACCCUGUUGACUACAACCCAGAGACGUUCAAUGCAUCAAGACAAGUCUACAAAGUCUUCUCCACUGGUGUCCUCAACGAUACGCAAAUGGAUGCGUUGUUUGAGUCGUAUUCGGAAGUGACCCACCAUGAUUGGUUAGCAUACCCCUACUACCAUGAGCGCAAGACAUUCCCUGGGUUUGUCUUAUCAGAAGGGUUGUUUUACCCCAAUGCUAUUGAAUGGGCCGCUAGUGCCAUGGAGAUGGCAGUCAUAGGGAGCCGGAACAGUGCCAUAUUGGCUUACCAGUAUUGGCAUGGGGAAUCCCCCAAGGGGAAAGUGGGAACCUCUAGAACUAGGCAAGAACUAUGACUAUAGAGUUAGGCAAAAACGUCACUUGUCGAUAUUAAAGUUCAAUUGCUCUUGAAUAUCAAAGUGUAGAAUGUGGAAGAGCUGACCUUUAGAAACAUUGCAUCCUGGCUGAUCCAGCAGGAUUAAUUUUUUUCAGGUCUCAAGUACAUACAUUGUGUGCACUUUGCCUGUAGACUUUGACAUUCCUUAAUUUAAGGUUUUGCCAUUUAAAACUUGUCAUAGCAAUAUAGAUAUUUAAUGGAAAUAAAGAAUUUGUAACUCAGGGAUGAUUAUUACUGCAAAAUUUUAAUAUUAAAGUAUAAUGUCACGCUUUGCAAUGCUGAAUAUUUUUUCUUUGAUAUUAGGGGAGCAUUAUAGGGGGGGGGGGGCAGGGCUGCCUUCCUUGUUCCUGUCUUGAUCUAUGUAUGUGAUGUGUACCUGUACAGAUUUUCAUGAGACUGUCUUAAACCAACUAGCAAUUUAUAUUAUCUGGAGCUGUUCUGAACAGCCAAGUGGUCUACAUGUAUGUUGUUCGUUGAUACAUUCUUUGGGAGAAUGUCUAAAUAAGCCUGUUCAUUCUUCUGAUAAAAAAAAUGUUCUGAGAGAGUUCUAUGCUUGUCCCAUAUUUGGUACGUUUAAAAGAUUUCCUAAAAAGGUCCUAUUAAUCAUAAUAAACAACAAUGUUGGUGUCUUUCUAAGGUCUUCAUAAAACCAUUUCAGAUUCUUGAGCAUGUUUGGAAACCCUUUUUCUGAAAAUGGGUUCAAUUAACACCUCAUUCCUAAGAGUGUGUAUUGGUAAUGUUGUUAAGGAUACAAUCCGCAAUGAUUAAUAUGGAGAAAAGUUGUUUUAUGUAAUAUAUGAUUGUCAAUGAUACCUUUGUGUGUGUGCACUGUACGUGUAUGUAAACUGGGUUCCAAAAGAAACUUGAUCAUUUGAUUUUUUUCGAAAUCUUUAUUGUAACUUAUACCUUCUUUGUGAUUAAGCCAAUGACUUAUUGUGAACGAUGCAUUAGGCUAUAUGAUAAUCUGGGAAGUUUGUAUCCCAUCUCAUUUUCAUUGGUCUUUUCUUUGUCCAUUCUGUUACUUUAGAUUCUGAAACCAAUCAAAGUGAGGUGCUAUAGACUCUGUGAUUAAACCAAUCUCUUAAUUGUUGACACAUGCUUUAUAGCAAAAUCACUCAAACUAGCCUGUGUAAAAAUAUUGUUCAUUUUGACCAAGUGGAAAUUGUGCAGUGCCCUUGUAAAGUUAGAUUGGUUUCUUUUGGAACCCAGUUUUUGUAAUUUUUUUUUUUACUGACACAAUCUAGAUGAUUUUCAUAAUUGAAUGUGCCACACUUUUUCACAUGUAUGCAAUAUUAUUGAGCAGUACUACUUGAAUCACUCUACCUACAUUAGUAAUGGUUUGUUAUAAAAGGUUGUGUGAGUUGCACUUAAAGGAAUACUCUGAGCUGAAGAUAUUUAUAUCUAUAAAUAAAUACAUUAACAUUCACAGAGCAAAAUGCUGAAAAUCAUCAUCA